UUGUAUUUCCGACACCGUUGAUUGUUGUUAUGAGAAUAUUAUUUGGUGUUAUAAAUGACAGACCAUACUUGUUCAUUCAUUAAAAAUCGAUAACUUAAUUGUUAAAUAUAUUGUAAAUAUCUUGUAUUAUGAUAAAUAUCUUGUAUUAUGGUAAAUUAGUUAGGAGUAUAUUUUGUAGCCUUAUUUGUUGCUAUCUUUGUGUAUAUAAGGAUCAGUAAAAUAGAGAGAUGUGAUGGAGGAAAAUAUUCUUUCAUGGUAUCAAUUGCUUAGGAUGCUUCUUCCCUUUCUUCGUUUUUUUUUCGCCGGCAAUCUCACAAUGUCGGACAAAUUUUUUCAUCCAGCUUUGGCCAUCUCUAAUAUCAAGAACCAUAUUCCCAUCACUUCAAUACUCUACGUGGUCGGAAUUAUUCAAAAUUCAUGCUCGUUCUCACAGAGUACUAGCCCAUAUUAUCCCUCCGAAAGAAGGUACGUCCAAACCACCUUAAACUGAUCAAGAGAAGGAACUGUGGACUACUCUGGAUGCCACAGUUCUUUCAUGGAUAUAUGCCACUAUCUUUAAUGAUCUCCUGCAGACCAUCAUUGAGCCUAUUUCGAUUGCUAUGGAAGCCUGGGAUAGGUUGAGAGACAUAUUCCAGGACAACCAACAUUCCCGUGCCGUUGCUCUUGAACAAGAAUUCUCCACCACUUCUAUGGAGAAUUUUCCCAAUGCAUCCUCUUACUGUCAGCAUCUCAAGUCUCUCGCUGAUCAGUUGAAGAAUGUCGGAGCACCGGUUUCUGAUAGCCGGAUUGUAUUACAGUUGGUUGGUGGCCUUACCCGAGCCUACCGUGGUGUGGGCACGCUUAUUCGUCAAAGAAAUCCGAUUCCUCCCUUUUACAAGGGUCGCUCCAUGCUUGUUCUUGAGGAAAUCGGAAUGGAAAAGGAGGCGGCAACCGAAUCUGCCAUGGUUGCAGCCUCGUCAGAUGACUCCUCCGGCCAUUUGACAAACACGAGUCAAUUGAAGAGAAAAUAUUCCAGUUCGUCAAACAACAAGCGCAGCUCUGGUAGCCGGAAAAAUGCUGGUUGUGGCUCCAGUGGUGGCUCCGGCGGUGCCAGAAAUAAUGGUAAUCGGAAUUCACCGGCUUCUAGGCGAGGCUCCGGUGAGGUUCAAGCUACGAACAUGUCCCCUGCUUUUUGGCAACAAGUGUAUCCUUGGGGAUAUGGCUGGCCCAUUCCUCCUUGCCCUUACCCAACUCAAGGAUGGACCAGGCCUGGUACUCCAAACCAGCAGGCUGUACUAUUGUGCCCAAGGCCACGAAAUCAGCAGGCUUACAUGGUGUCUGGACAGCAACAACAGUCCGGUUCGAUGACUCCUACCGAUAUUCAGGCUGCAAUGCAUACUAUGUCCGACACCGGGGCUACUUCUCAUAUGACUUCCUCUUCAGGAUUUUUAGACGGGGAAGCAAAUAAUGAGGUGUGAUAGUUGGGGCGACCUUUACCCAAUUACUACUCCAAUCAACAAUCAAGCUACCUCUACUUUUGCCGCACUUUCUCCUAAACUUUGACAUGAUCGGUUGGGUCAUCCGGGUGCUCCUAUUUUAGAUGUUCUUAGGAACAGUAAAAAUAUUGAUUGUAAUAGACUUUCACGUUCUAGUAUUUGUGGAUCAUGUGUUUUGGGGAAACAUGUGAAGUUGCCAUUUUUUUCUUCGAUUCUAGUACGACUUUUCCAUUUGAUAUAAUACAUAGUGAUCUUUGGUCAUCUCCCAUUUUGAGUUCUACAGGACAUUGUUACUAUGUUUUAUUACUUGAUGAUUUUUCUAAUUUUUUGUGGACUUUUCCUUUAGUCCGAAAAUCUGAUGUAUAUGACACAUUCUUGGUUUUUAGAAAUCACAUUCUCACCCAAUUUGAACGUAAUGUUAAAAACAUACAAUGUGAUAAUGGGAGGGAGUUUGAUAAUGGUCCAUUUUGGGAAUUCUGUAAAAAACAUGGCAUGUCUUUCCGUCUCUCUUGUCCUCAUACUUCUUCACAAAAUGGAAAAGCCGAAAGAAAAAUUCGUACUAUCAAUAACAUUAGCCGUACUCUUCUUGCCCAUGCCUCACUUUCACCUUCUUUUUGGCAUCA